GGUCAGGAGAAUCAUGGUGACUCGCUCAAAAGCCUGCCUUGCCUGACCUACUCCCCACACAUCUCUUCCUUAUUGCUUUUCCUCAACGUCUCAGAACCAACACAUUCUCACAAUGGUCAAGGCUGUAGUAUUCGAUGUUGUGGGCACUUGCUUCACCUACGACAAUGGUCGUGAUGCACUCAAGACCCGCCUUGGUCCCAAGCUAGAGAAGGCGGGCAUUUCUCCACAACUCCUGAUGUACUCUUGGAUCACCUCGACAGAACGCGACUACACCUACCUCUCUCUGAUCCACCAGUACAAGCAAUUCAUUGAGAUCAUGCGGCAUUCAUUCACCCGCCUGCUGUACCAGGCUGGAGUUCCGGACCCCGAGAGCGUCUGUUCAGAAGAGGACAUGAAGUUCAUUCUGGCCGAAUACAAGGAGCUCCGUCCGCGCGAAGGACUCGCUGAGAUGAUGGACAUCCUGAGGAAAGGCGGCUUCGAAGUCUACUGCUGCACAGAUGCAAACGUGGACCGUGUCAAGGGCUAUUUCGACCGGGCUGGCAUCGAAAUGCCUACAGAAAGGAUUCUGAGCGCCGAUGAGGUGGGGGUGGGCAAGCCGGAAGCAGCUGUCUACAAAUUUGCCAUGGAGAAGGCAGACGCCGACGUGAACAUCUUUGCAGCGAGCCACGCAUGGGACGUAGCUGCUGCGCGUUCCGCCGGCUACGAGACCGCCUACUGCACCGCUUACGAAGGCUACCCCUGCGAGAUGCUCUAUGGGAAGAUGGACUUGGUGGUGCCGGACUUGGUCAGCCUGGGCAACGGCAUCGUCGAAAAGUGGGGUGGAAAGUGAGGCAAUUACUAGCAGGGGCCAUACUGUACGCUGCAUUGUUAAUAGUUGAUCUGCAAUAUGAAGCAUUGGCACAGAG